ACUUGCAACAAUCAUCAUAUCAGAUGCCAACCUGCUAGCUGGACGAUGAGCCGCCGCAUCUUUGAGCAUGACUGAACUGUUUUCAUGGAUUCAAGGUCAGCCAGUGACUACAUUGGCCGACGACUGAUCAGUAACAUUGCAACCUCCGUCUGUCGGUGUUCGUUUUGCUCAGAAUGAGUUAGCGAGAAUGCUAGCUAGAACGAGCUAGGACUGUCUACGCACCGCUGGCUCCCUUGUUUACACGCUAGCUGUAUGUGAUGUUAGCUAACGAUACUGUAGCUAAUAACAAUAGCAUCGCCUGUUAAGAACUUUUCAUCUUUAUGGUUUGCUAGAAGUUUGUUGUUUAUGUACUCGUACUAUGCAGACAGUCGCUGCAUUUUAUGUGCCUGUCAUCACUAUACAACAGUAGCUUUAGCCUACAAGCUGAUUGCCAUGACAUCAUAGCUUAAAAACGUCACACAGGUUGACUAUCUGGAGAUAUUUAAACACUAACAGAUAAACGGUUGCGGCAAACGGCCACUGGGAAUGGCGUAGCUAACAUUACUUAGCAUGGCAACGUCUCAUGGCAGUGUGCGGUGUUAGCCACAUCGUCCCCCAGCUGCCUCUGGAGGCCAACCACAGAAGAAGACAGCGGUGUCAAUCAGUCGUUGACAUUAAAGCAUCACCGCGUAAACAAAGGACAAUGGAGACCGUGAGGAGUGCUUUCCACGCUCAGCUGGCCACCGUCAUGGACUCGCUGCUGGCAGCUGCUGUGUGCGAGAUCGCCAAGAUCUUUGAGAGCAGCCUGUGCGAACAGCAGGCGGAGCUAGCGCAGAAAUCAGAGGAGAUCUCCAUCCUCCGAGGCAAGCUGGAGAAGGUGGAGAGGAGGCAGAAGGCGAAGGGUGGAGGGGGCGAGGAAGGGGAGAUGUCUUCAGGAGACAGGGAUGGCGGUUUGAGGCAGCAGACCCUCGCAGGACCAGGACUGAAUGUGGAAAAGGAUGCGUCUUCUCUUUCCGAUCCAGUGGAAGGAAUCAGUCAGAGCCUCAGCGGGAUGAAAGAGGAGGUCACAGGCCAGGAUGGAGCUUCAGUAAAACAUGAGCGGGCUGGUUCACGGCCUACCCUGGGGUCUGUUGCAGUCCAAGCCCCAGAGGGAAGCCUUGCUGCUGUGGACCAGAGACAGAUGGAUACCCUGUCUGCCACACAAGCCAAGGCCAAAUUGUCUCAUUGGGAUCAGGGCAGUCGCAGUGCAGACCACAGACCCCUCCAGGAUCAAGCCUCCGCUCCGUUUCUCUCCAUCUCCCAGAGCGGGCGUUGCUCCCCCAGGCCUGACCCAAGCCUAGCUCAAGCUGGGGAGUGGUUACCGGGGUUGGACACUACCCGAGGUGGGGUGUCCGGUCUGGACAACCUGCAGGCCGAUGGCACCGGCUGCUCCGGUCCAGCUAGCAGCAGCACUGGAACAGACGCUUCCUGCUUCCGACCUGGUUUUGGCUCCGACGAGACCAGCAAUGAAGAUGACGAUAGCUCUUUCCCUUUCCUGGACCAGGAGCCUGAGAACCAGAACUCCAAUCAGAAUUCUGUGCAGGGCCAGGCUGUGGGGCAGAGGGGAGCUCGCCAGGUUCAACCCCAAGCCCCCCCUGGCGAAUCAUCAUGGAGACCCAGGGACGACAGAGUUGGGAGAGGCCCCAUCAAUCACACACGGCGGGUCCCAUCUUUUGGCAACAGAGACCCACUCCGACCACAGUCCAAUUCACAGUCGCUCACGCUACGACACACAAAUACUCUGAGCCACCCCACAGCUCCCGGUGGAGGGAGCGGACGACCUUACACCUGCCCGUACUGUACCAAGUGUUUCACCUACCCCUCCCACCAGCGCAGACACCUUUUACGCCACACAGGGGUCAGACUGCAUCCUUGUCAGUUUUGUGACAAGAGCUUCCUCACUCCCUCUGAACUCACCGUGCACACCCGCACACACACAGGGGAGCGGCCUUUUGGCUGUGCUCAGUGUGGUAAACGCUUCGCCCGCAGCGGAAACUUAAGAGCCCACCAAAGGGACGUUCACAUGGGGAAGAGGCCUUUCGCUUGCACAGAGUGUGGGAAGAGAUUUGCCCACAGGGGGAACCUGAGGGUGCACAAUCACAGAGUCCAUCAAGGAGAUCCCUACUACAUGGAUGAGCAGCAAGAGCCUGAUAUGGGCCCUAAUCCAAUUUGAAUCCAAGAAACUUGUUUCAGGAUUACCGGUUGUGUUCCAGAUAAAUUUAUGACAAAAUUAUUAUAUAAAUAUUUUAAUGCAGGGCAACCUUAGAAUAAGCAUCUUUAAAUUUUAUCCUAUGUAAUUAAUGACAUACGUGGUCAAAAGAAUAUUUUAAUUUAUGUAUCGACUUUUACAAAUACAAUUCAAUGUCAGAAAAAUGGGUCACACAAAAAGGGCGAGCUCUGUGUUGAACUGUUUUUUAAAAGUCAUCCAUUAGUACGAAAUAUUGGCUAUAAAGAAGAUGAGUUUAUUAAGGGCGAUCCUGUGUUCCCACGAUGUUCUUCCCGUCAGUGAAAAGUCACUGAGUACAUUUUCAUUACUUGAAGUGAAAGAACUACAGAAUGUUUUUCAUAAAGACAAUAAACAGAAUCUAGUUGAUAUUAGAUUUAUACAUGUGGCAUGCAGAGGUAGGAUAGCACGUCUCUUCCUUUUACAGUGUUGCUUACGUACUGGCCAUCUCCUCACUUUUGUUCUGACUGUGUUGUAAAAUGGAAACAAAGUUCAUAAUUGUGUUGUAACAGAAGAACUGUGCUUUUAUUUUCCAUCCUGUUUUUUCAAAGUGGAAUUAAAUAAUAUACUCGCAUACAAACUGUUCUCCCCAGCCGGAAACAUUAAUGCAUUGUACAGUACGCUCUUAUAUUGAUGCACCGUGCUCUCAAAGACACCAGGGGGCAGUGUCACAACAUACAGAAGAUGAGUGUAGGAAUGACUUUGGUCCACGUUGCAAAUAGAUUUGGGAUAGAAGUGUUGCUCUCAGCAUGUUUUAACAUGUGCCCUCAAUUUUCAGAUAUUUUUCCGUGAUGUAUGCACUUGUGUCAUCAUGCCAUCUCUCUCAUGGU